UUUCUGAUGAGCAAGGUAUUUUUCAGCAAGACAGUGCUACCCCUCAUAAAUAUUGGAAAGUUAAAGAAGUUUUUGAACAAGCUAAAGUUGAAAGACAGUUGCAUAAUUUUUUAGAUAAACCUACAAAUAUUGAUGAUUUGGAGGAAAAGGUCAUAGCAGCGUGA